ACCAAAGUGGGCGUGUGCGAUUGUGUGAGGUCCUUAAGAGUACAAAAACAAGAGAAGCUUCGCUUUUGCACUCAAGUUCCUCUGUUUAGCCUUAAAUAUAAUAAUUUAAUAUAAUUUAUCAGAGAGGAAGGUGUCCACGAGGGAGCAGAUGGGAUGGAGGAAGUGGACGACGACCCGGUUCUCAGUGUUGUCAACUGGCAGGAUUUGCUGCAGGACUACAGCAAAGAUGGGGACUACAUCCAUGGUUUUGUGACGACCGAGUCGAGCGUGGACAAUGUCCUGGAACUGUACAUGAGAGCGACUAAAACCACGUUCUGCACCCGCCGCUCCUCGUCGCUGCAGUUCGAUCCGCUCAAAUGCAAGACGAAGAAGUUCUGCACUCGGUCUUUCGUCUUCUGCAGGACCGUCAGCCCUCGCAUCGCCGACGACGGAGUUCCCUUCACCUAUGGCGGCAUGAAGACGCUACAAUGCCAGUAUGGCCCUAAAAGGGAGCACAGGAAAAAGAGUGACAUAGAAACAACACACGUUCCAGUUUCUCAUGAGAAUAUGAGAAGCAGUUCUGACGACCCGGGAACCUGUGAAUUACGGAAGACCGGAUUCUCCAGAAAUAAAGGAUGCCAAGCCAAAAUCUCCGUUUGGCACAUCUGCAGGUUGCCCGAGUACGCCGUGACCGCCAAGAGGAGUGUGUCAAUUUGGCAGACCAAAGCCAAAGAAAGGCUGCUGCGGGAUUUGGACGCGGGAAAGGAAGUCACAGUCCAGAGCCGGUUUUACGUCAGCUUCCCUCUCCGGCGAGCGCACACACAACACUCCGAAGCCCGACCGCUCCACCCGCAGAUCGCCCGGCGGACCGAGGAGGUCGUCGACGAGGGCGUCGCCGCCCCGAGAGACGUGCGGGCGCCGGAUGAGCGCCACCGUGCGUAUUAUGUCACGCUUAAUGACAUAGCCAAUCAUGUCUACAAAGCUAAAGUGAAACGGCAAGCCCCCGCGCCGGGAUUCAUUAAAGAUCCUUCAAUGAAUGAGCCGAAUCCCGGCGACGUCAAGCCGACCACCUUCCGUUCAGUUGACGUGUCACAGAACCCCCCCGGCGACUCUCUUCAAACGCAGCCGGUGACAAACUCCGCGGACGACGCUGUCAGGCAAGCGAGAGCGGAUCUACGAGAGGAACUCAACGCCGUGUGGGUGUGGUCCAACACCUGCGCCGACGCGGUCCCGCUGGCUGAGCUCGAGGCUGGCAUCAAGGCUCUCCGCGGCCAGUUUGUGGCCAGUUUAACGGCGCACGGCCGCACAGAUGGAAGCAAAAGCACGUCUGCGUUGUCCCCGGCAAAGAUGGCGAGAGUGGACAACAUUAGCGCUCGUCCUUAACUCUGCAAGGUUAAAACUAAACUUCUUUUGAAUUAA